AUGUCAGAUACUCUAAAUACAAAGAUAAUUGAGUUCAUCAACGAGCGGUUGUUCACUGAUGUGCAAGCUGUUCAAUUUCAAGAUUUAAUGUCUGCAUUUGCGGUCAGUCAUUUACAAGCAAAGGGUUUUAUGUAUGAAUAUUAUAAACAAACGACUGGUAUGAAAUUCAAUUGUGUUAUACUUUGCGUGUUCAAAGAUGGAGAUAUGAAAAUAGUUAAUGAUAUUAGCUCCUUUGACAGUUUGAAUCAGGAUAUUGUUGAUUGUUUCAUAUAUGCGUUCAAUCCGAUGAAAGAAUAUAUUCCCAUGAGUUCAAUAAGCGAUCACUACAAAAGCUUAACAAUCAAGAAUAGCGUUGAAUAUAAGGGGAAGAUAGCGGAAGUGAACGUUGCGAGUAGCGUCCCUAAGAUAGUGAACAGAUCUCACACAGCUGACGUCAGUGAGAGCAAAGGAACCUCUACAAUGUCCCAGAGAUCAAAGACUAUCGCAGCUGAUGGCAAGAACGAAGCUAAAUCUGUGAAACUCAAUAGCUCGACGACAAAGAGUAAACCUGGAAGUUCUCUGAGAUCGACUGAAAUAUUGGCUAAAAUGAAGAGAGCCAGAGAAGAGAAAGAGGAAGAAAGACAAAACGAAUUGAAGAAAAGAAAAGACGAACAAAACAAGAAGAUGCAAAACGAUCCGAAGAGAAAGAAACAAUUAGAGAGUUUGAAAGGAAUAUUCGAUGAUGAAGACGAGGAUGAUGUUGAGUUAGCAUCAGAGGCCGCCGAUGCAAGUACACAAGAAACUCACCUCAAGACAGAAGAAGAAAAGAAAGUUCCUGCUAAGACAGAAAAAGAUUAUGAAAAUCUGGAAGACUUACUAGACACGACUGCUGAGGAGUCACUGCUAGGUAUAAAGAACCCUAGUUCGCCGAAAAAAGUUGAAGCACUAGAUGAGGAAGAGAAUAAAGAAGUACCAGAAGAAGUGUCUUCAUCCUUUGUAGACGAAGAAGGUUACAUAGUUACACAACGUCCCGCACCUAAGACCAAGACCCCAUCAAAAUCGAAACAAAAACCUAAAACUUUACCCUCAUCAGCAAACAAAGAUAAGAUUAAACAAGAGAGUGCAUUAAAAACAAGGACCACUGGCGUCAAGAAGCAAACCACAUUAGAAGGGUUCUUCAAAAAGUCAUCUAAAAAAUAA